UAAUCUCUUGUAUUCCUUAUAUAUACAGAUGAAACCUUGAAUAUUUAAAAAGACCAAUUAUUAUCACAUUGUUAAAUAUAUUCUAUAUUUAAUGUAAAUAUAUUGUUUCCUAUUAUUGUCUCCCACAUAUAUAGACAUGUACUCCCACAUAUUCAAUCAAUGAAAUUAACCUUUCUACAUGGUAUCGGAGCCUAAAAAUCAAAAACCCUAAACCCCCCCCUCUCUCGUUCGGCCUUCUCUGUCGCCGUCAGCACCGACCCCCCAUGGCGGCUCUCUUCACCGGCGACACCCUCUCCCCCUCGGCGGUCUUCUUCUUCCCCUCACCAUGGCCGAAAACAGCGAGGUUACUUCCCAAAAUAACUCCUCCAAACCUCCUCAUCUUGCUUUCACAACAAUCUCAAAUGUGAAACUUCAUGUCCCCAUUCCACUCAGUCUCUCCCAACCUAAUUACAAAAAGUGGAGUCGACUCUUCCUUCUUCUGGUUCGGCGGUUCAACCUCAAGGGCUACAUCGAUGGCUCCGUCGUCCCCCUCUCCGAUGACGACGAUGAAUGGUUCCAACUCGACGCUCUCCUCCAGGGUUGGAUCCUCUCCACCAUCACUGAUGAGGUCUUAGAUCUAGUCAUCUCCUCUGUUUCUACUGCCUCUGCUCUCUGGAUAGUCAUCCACGACUUAUUCCACGACAACAAACAUGCCCGAGCUAUGCAAUUGGAGCAUGAAUUUCGCACGACGGUCAAGGGUAACUCAACCAUGGCAGCUUAUUGCCAACAACUGCAGAAUCUUGCCGACUGGUUGGAUGAUGUCGAUGCACCAGUCUCCCAACACCAACUCGUCCUUCAAAUGCUUCGUGGUCUCCCCGCCGAUCUCCAGGCACAAACAUCAUUCAUGCAAUUUCAGGAUCCCAUGCCCACGUUUCUGCAGGUUCGAUCCGCCCUCAUGCUGCUGGAUCGACAAUGGACGAGUCCCUCCGACUCGGGCACCACGGCGUUUCUCACGACCCGAGCCGGCGGCAACACCCACGGCGGCACUCAUGGCGGUACUCCCGGCGGCUAUGGCGGACAACAUGGCGGCACAGGCUAUGGGGAAGGCAACUCCGGGCAACGUGGAGGCUAUGGACGAGGACAAGGCCGUGGCGGUGGAAAUCGCGGCAGAGGUCGCGGACGUCAAAACGGCUCACGACCGCGGCAAUCCUACGACGGCAACAAUACCGGGAACUCACCGUACCCUAACCCUAACCCAGGAUUAGGAAUCCUUGUAUAUAUAUAGACAUGUACUCCCACAUAUUCAAUCAAUGAAAUUAACCUUUCUACACAAAUUGUAUUAGACAUCAAUGAUUUAUUAAUGCAAUCAAAAGGAUUACUCAAAAUGGCAUAAAUUUUGAUUGUCUAAAGAGACAUUCAUGUUUCCCUCAAGUUGACUUUUCAAGUAUAACACCUUGGAGCCGUUGUGAAGAGCCAACGGUCUGGUGAAAAUCAAUUGUCUUAAAGGGA